AUGCAGCGCCGAGCCGUCUCCGCUUCUGGCAGAGUGCCACGAGCAGCGCAGGUUGCGCAGCAGCUGCUGAAGAUGUGCCCAGAGCCGGCUCGGAGACUUCUGCGCGAAGAGCUUCGCUCCUGGAAGCGCCCGUCGCGUGAUGCCCUGCCGAUGCUGAAGGAGCUUCGUGCCACAAAGCGGGUCGAUCUUGUCUGCGAGUUGCUGAACCUCCUGAAAGCGGAGCCAAGCCCGGCCUGCUGCAUUUCACAGAGGGGAUUUCCGCGUGCGCCCGCGCCACCUGGUGGUCUCAAGCCGUCGCCUUCUUCCACGACUUGCCCGAUGCUGCUGUGUUGCCCGACAUCGUCUGCUGCAAUGCCACCCUGA